UAAAUCUAAAUAAGUAGCUCUUCACCAACAAAAUAUUGGAUAUCUUCACCAAAAAAAAAAAAAUCUAAAUAAGUAGCUAAAGAGAAAAACGAGUAAGAGAGUUAAGAAGACAACGCCGAGCUUCGGAGUCUCAACACUGCCGGCCAUUAAGUUUUAAGACUGCUCAAUAGGUUUAUUGUUUAGAGGCUAAAAUGAGCUUUGCUGCAUCAUCAGUUGGUGGUAGAUCUGCUGCAACAGCAUAUGAGUUUGGAAGAACCUAUGUAGUCAGGCCUAAAGGUAAACACCAAGCAACUAUAGUUUGGUUGCACGGCCUCGGUGAUAAUGGCUCCAGUUGGUCGCAGCUUUUAGAGACUAUUCCUCUUCCAAAUAUUAAAUGGAUAUGUCCAACUGCUCCAACUCGACCAAUGUCUUUAUUUGGUGGCUUUCCAUCUACUGCUUGGUUUGAUGUGGCAGAGCUUUCUGAAGAAGCUCCUGAUGAUCUAGAAGGUUUGGAUGCUUCAGCUGCACAUGUUGCCAAUUUGUUGUCUACAGAACCCACAGACAUUAAGCUUGGUGUUGGAGGGUUUAGCAUGGGAGCUGCUACUGCCCUUUACUCUGCAUCCUGCUUUACUGCCGGAAAGUAUGGGAAUGGCAAUGCUUAUCCAGCCAACAUAAGUGCAGCUGUUGGUUUAAGUGGCUGGCUUCCAUGUUCAAAGACCUUGAGUAACAAGUUACAAGGGGUAGAUGAAGCCACGAGGCGUGCUCAGUCCUUUCCCAUUUUGAUGUGUCAUGGAAAAGGUGAUGAUGUGGUUCCGUACAAGUUUGGUGAGAAAUCAUCGAAGUGCUUGACUUCUAAUGGAUUUCAAGAUGUAACUUUCAAAGCUUAUAAUGGGCUUGGCCACUACACAAUUCCAGAAGAAACAGACGAUGUUUGUGCUUGGCUAACAUCAAAAUUGGGCCUUGAGGGUAAUGCUGCCUAGUUAGCUUUAGCAAGAAAAGAAUCAAAAUGUGAAAAAAGAAUUCUUUCAUCCUUUUUCCUAUUAUUAUGAUUUAAUAUUAGUCGCAUAUUUGUGGGCGAGUACAUUGGGGUAUUGGUUAGGAAAACAAAUUCGAGAAGUAUUUAAUGGAGAACAGUAUUUAAUAGUCCUAUUUCUACUUUCCAAAUAAACAUGUGAUUUUGACAGAUCCAGAUUGUCUGCUGUCACAAAAUGUUAACAGUUAAUACAGUCCGUAAAUCAUGAUUGUUAGAUGGAGAUGGAUGGUAAACUUCUAACAUCUGAUUUACAAUCUUGGCACAACA